AUGGUGCUUACAGGGCAGACCCUCACGCCCGCCAAUAUUUUUACUCUCCUGUCGUUUAUGGGUGUUUUAAAAGUGAGUGGCAUGUUGAAUAUGACUCCUGGUUUAAUGUUAACGUAUGACGCCUACGUUUCACUCGGAAGAAUCGAAGAAUUCCUUCUUUUGGAAAAUCUGUUGGAAGCCUCGGAGAGUGGUGAAAGCAACGAGCCCCCACAAAAAGCGAAAAGUACCUCAAGUGACCAAAGUCGCAGUUACUUGAGAAAAGAAGAGGGAAAUAUUAGGAAUGUUUCCCUGUCUCAUGAAGCAACAGAAUUAGGGCCUACUAUACUAUGUGUGUCAAGUUUAAGCUGCGCAAAAACGCAUCGUGAAGAUGAGUUUAUUCUUCAGGAUAUCAACUUCUUUGCACCUUUAAAGAGUUUAACAGUCAUCACUGGCCCGGUUGGAAGUGGGAAGUCUACUCUUCUCUCAGCGAUCACUGGUGAAAUUUCGAACGCCAGUGGGACGAUUGAUUAUGAAGGUGCCGUCAUUUACUUGCCUCAAACUGCUUGGGUGUUCUCGGGAACGAUAAAAGAAAACAUUCUGUUUGGCCAGCCUUACGAGGAGUCUAAGAACAAAAGAAUAAUCAACGUCUGUGUUCUGAAAGAAGACUUUCAGCGGUUACCUGAUGGUGACCAAACAGUUGUUGGAGAACGCGGCGAGGUUCUGAGUGGAGACAACAGGCGAAAGUAA